CUUCCAGUAUCUUCUGUUUCCAAAGUACUCAGAGCGCGCCCAGAAAAGGAAAACCUUGUGGCAAAAGCUUUAGCCAUUUCAAGUUGCUAAAGCCAUGGAGAUCAUCAAUGAUCAGUUAGCCAGAGGUGAACAUCCGAAGGCCGGAGUUUUUGAACGUGCUUGGUCUUGGGUUAAGGCCUUGCCGGGAAACUUCAAAAACAAGGUUACCAAAGUUGCAAAGAACACUAUCAAGCUAGGAAAAGAUGACCCGAGAAGAGUCAUUCACUCUCUGAAAGUGGCUAUGGCUCUCACAUUGGUGUCCUUAUUGUAUUAUUGGAGAGCCCUUUAUGAUGGUCUUGGGGUUGCAGGAAUGUGGGCGGUUCUAACAGUGGUAGUAGUGUUUGAAUUCACUGUAGGUGCAACACUCAGCAAGGGUUUAAACAGAAGCUUUGCAACAUUACUUGCCGGUGCUCUAGGAAUUGGAGCAAAUCAUUUGGCUAGUCUCUUCGGAGAGCAAGGAGAACCCAUUAUCCUAGGUGUCCUUGUCUUUCUACUAGCUGCAGCAUCUACAUUUUCAAGGUUUUUCCCAAGGAUCAAAGAGAGAUAUGAUUAUGGGGUGUUGAUAUUCAUACUGACAUUUAGUAUGGUAACUGUAUCGGGCUAUCGGGUUGAGGGGCUCUUGCAGAUGGCCUAUCAAAGACUAAUUACAAUUUUAAUAGGUGGAGGAACCUGCAUAAUCUUAUCAAUUUUCUUAUGUCCAGUAUGGGCUGGUGAAGAUUUGCAUAGUCUUAUAGCAUCCAACAUAGACAAGAUUGCUAACUACCUUGAAGGAAUUGGAGGAGGUGAAUAUUUUCAACUUCCCAAGGAUGGAAAGUCUACCAAGGUCACACAAAACAAUGGAUAUAAAAGUGUCCUCAACUCAAAAAACACUGAAGAAUCCUGGGCAAACUUUGCAAGAUGGGAACCAGGACACGGACGCUUCAAAUUUCGUCAUCCAUGGAAGCAAUAUUUGAAGACAGGAGCCCUUGUCAGGCAAUGUGCUUAUCAGAUUGAAACUCUAAAUAGCCACAUCAACUCAGAUGUACAGGUGCCACAAGAAUUUUUACAAAUAAUCCAAGCCUCAUGCAUAACAAUGAGUACUGAGUCUGGCAAAGCACUAAAAGCUUUAGGCACAGCAAUAAAAACCAUGAAGGACCCAAAAUCUGCCUGUCAACAUUUGGAGAAUUCCAAAAAUGCAGUAGAAGAACUUCACAUUGCACUGAAAGCAGCAUCACUGGAAGAUGCCGACAUCCUUGCAAUCAUACCUGCAGCCACAAUUGCUUCAAUACUAGUUGAGAUUGUCACAUGUGUGGAGAAAAUUUCCAUGUCAGUUUACGAGCUUUCCCAAUUAGCAGAUUUCAAGGUGGUGGAAGCAACUGUUUCGCCAGAGAUUAAGCCACAAUUACUGCACAAAGGAAGCAUAAACCCUAUACUUCUGGAUGAUGGUGAUUAUAAUCCCCAUGUUGUGAUUAGAGUAGAUGAAAUAGAUAUGGGUUCUCAUCAAGAAGAUGACAAAAUUUCUCGUCAGACACCGAAAGGUCCAAAACAAAUCGAAGAAGUGUAA